GCCUUUUAGGCCAAAAGGGCUUUACCUCAGAAAAUAAUAAUACUCUUAUUUUGUAUAACAUUUGGGUCAUCUUUCAAACAUUCUGCAAGAGCGAACUUGUCCUUCACUGUGUGUUACUCGCGGUUUCAGCGAUGGUGUCAAUGUCGCUAAAUACAAUAAAACAGAUCAUGAGAGCGAUGGUGGACUGUCCUGGAUUUGACCGGGUUUUAAGCAAGGUGGAGGUACUGUCUGCAGCCCCUGGGAAAGUGGUGUGUGAGCUGAAGGUGGAGGAGGAGCACACCAACAGAGGAGGCACUCUUCACGGAGGACUGACAGCCACACUGGUGGACGUGAUCUCCACUACUGCCAUCAUGUACAGUGAGAGAGGAGCUCCCGGGGUCAGCGUGGACAUGAACAUAACAUACAUGAAUGCAGCUAAAAUUGGAGAAGACGUCUUGAUCACAGCUCAGGUUUUAAAACAAGGACGGACUUUGGCAUUUGCAACAGUAGAUCUCACCAACAAGGCCAACGGAAAACUCAUUGCUCAGGGAAGACACACUAAACACCUCGGUGGCUGAUUAUGUACAUGCCCUGUAAUUGACACGAAACAUGUUAUAUAAUAAACUCCUGCAUAAAAAGCUUUGCACUGGGUUAAGAUA